UUUCAUUCAUUUCUCAACAUGGCCGUCAGUGCUUUAUCUACAUACGGAUUGUAAAAUUCGUGCGUGAAUUUAGGAGUGUUUCAUUGAUUAUAAUAUAAUUUUAAUGACUUAAUUGAUAAAGUGUUGCGGCAUGUUCCCUCUAACGCCGCCAGUUGUGAAGCGACUGUUAGGGUGGAAAAAGGGCCCCGAAGGGUCGUCUGUUGCUGAAGAUAAGUGGUCUGAGAAGGCUGUUAAGAGCUUAGUAAAGAAAUUGAAGAAAAGUGGAGCCCUAGAGGAACUGGAAAAAGCAAUUUCCAGCCAAAAUAGUCAUACUAAAUGUGUUACAAUACCCAGAGUGAAGCCAAAUGAAAAUAUUAUUAACGGCCAGAACCGCAAGGGGUUGCCGCAUGUUGUCUACUGUCGGCUGUGGCGGUGGCCGCAGCUCCAGAGUCAGCAUGAACUAAAGCCCGUAGACCACUGCGAGUUCGCAUACCAGCUGAAGAAAGACGAAGUGUGCAUCAACCCUUACCACUACCAUAAGAUCGAUUCACCUGCUCUGCCGCCGAUCCUAGUGCCGCGGUGCGAGGGCGAGGCGCGCGCGCCGCCGCCGCCGCCCUACUCGCACUACAUCCGCGAGCCCGAGCCGGAGAUGCAAACUGGUGGUGUCGUAGGCGUCGGCGCGCUGACACACAGCGCCAUGUACCUCGAGGCCACGCUCGGGCAGCAGGUGCCCUCCAACACCACAGUGCAUGUGAGCGCGGCCACCGUGGAGACCCCGCCGCCGGGCUACAUGAGCGAGGACAACGACCCGAUGGACCACAACGACAACAUGAACCUGGCGCCCCUCACGCCGCCCCCCGGCGGCCCCGAGGCGGCGCCCGUGCUCUACCACGAGCCCGCCUUCUGGUGCAGCAUCAGCUACUACGAGCUCAACACCCGCGUCGGCGAGACCUUCCACGCCAGCCAGCCCUCCAUCACUGUGGACGGCUUCACCGACCCCAGCAACAGCGAGAGGUUCUGCCUGGGCCUCCUGUCCAACGUGAACCGCAACGAGGUGGUGGAGCAGACGCGGCGGCACAUCGGCAAGGGCGUGCGCCUCUAUUACAUUGGCGGUGAAGUGUUCGCCGAGUGCCUGAGCGACUCGUCCAUCUUCGUGCAGAGCCCCAACUGCAACCAGCGCUACGGCUGGCACCCCGCCACCGUGUGCAAGAUCCCCCCUGGCUGCAACCUGAAGAUCUUCAACAACCAAGAGUUCGCGGCGCUGCUGUCGGCCUCGGUGCCGCAGGGCUUCGAGGCCGUGUUCCAGCUGACGCGCAUGUGCACCAUCCGCAUGAGCUUCGUCAAGGGCUGGGGCGCCGAGUACAGACGGCAGACGGUGACGUCGACGCCGUGCUGGAUCGAGCUGCACCUGAACGGGCCGCUGCAGUGGCUGGACCGCGUGCUCACGCAGAUGGGCUCGCCGCGCCUGCCCUGCUCCUCCAUGUCCUAGAGUCUCACACUACAUAGGAAGCACCGAAAUAAAUAAAACUAAGCGUAGCUCAAACCUAAUUCAAAUACCUCUGUCAUGAGUCUUAGUAACUAAAGUAAGGACAUUGCUACACUUUUAUAUAGCUCUGUGCUAUGUUAGAACAGACUAGGACUAACUUCUAGACCGACACUUCACGACUUUGGCGUUACCAAAAAUGUCCCUGGAGUUACCAAGAAAUCACGUUUCCAAUUUAACAUUUGUCUAAAUUUAGUAACUAUCAGAGAGCAUCGCUUGUUAAAAGUAAUAUGAUUUGACGACCGGUUUGGCCUAGUGGGUAGUGACUCUGCCUACGAAGCUGAUGGUCCCGGGUUCAAAUCCUGGUAAGGGCAUUUAUUCGUGUGAUGAGCAUGGAUAUUUGUUCCUGAGUCAUGGGUGUUUUCUAUGUAUUUAAGUAUUUAUAAAUAUUUAUAUAUUAUAUAUAUCGUUGUCUAAGUACCCUCAACACAAGCCUUAUUGAGCUUGCUGUGGGACUUAGUCAAUUUGUGUAAUAAUGUCCUAUAAUAUUUAUUUAUUAUAUUAUUAUUAUUUAAAAAAAUAUAUUAUUUAUAAGCUCGAUUUGUGAUUGAAAUUUCAAUGUCAUGGACAGAUUAGUGUCGAUCUAAAAGUUGGUCCAAAUCCUAAAUGCAAGUAUUUUAUAGAGAUGACAAGGUAAUAAUAAUACCAAGUGCGAACGGGAUGGUCUUAUGGUACUUAUUAUAAGAGGAGCAGAGAAAACCCUAUUGUUUGUUUUGUCAUAGUUUUUUUGGAACCUAAGUGCCACGUCAAAAGCCGUAAGUCCUAUUACUCACCUUGGUGGGCAACAAUGAAUUCGACUAAAUUAAGUAGGUUGUAUUUGGAAUGUUGUCAGCAAUGUUAAAACGUUUUUACUUUCGCUGCAUUGUGUUUGUUGUCUCUCAUAGGUGCACGCUUGUGGUAACUCUAUAUUAUACUUGCUUUUAGGUUAAAUCCUAUAUUUUAAUUAAACUAGAUGGUUUGCCUGCGAAGAACCCGGCUUGCGAGUCCAUUUCUAAGGCCCCGUGCCCAAAGCGGAGCCUUAAUAUAUUGUAUAAAGCACACCACUAUAUCGUGUAUGUAUAGACACAAUAAUGUAUAGUUUUAUAUCGGUUUCCUACCUUUAGAUGGUAUAUUUUUACACCGCAUAUUACUAGUACACUAGCGGGUAAAAUAACUUUUUUUUUACUUAUUUGAUUCACUCGUUUGUUUUGCAACCGGCUCCUGGUCUAUGGGGGUUUUUAGAAAAAAAUUAACCAUUCGAAAAACUAACAAUUCUUGGGUUAUUUCAACUCGGAAUUAAGAGGCUUAUUGGUUAAAGAAAAAGAGUGUCUCCAGUCUUUUAUACAACUUUGGGGCGUCCGUUUUGCUACUGUUAAUACAAAAUGAAUGUGAAAAUACGCCACAAAACUGUACAUUUUUAUAGGACACUUUUUCCCCUUUUAGGCCAAGCGCCCACUACGAUUUUAAUUUUUGCAACACUAUUUUAGAAUGGCGCUGAAAUAUGUCGCAGAAAAUUCAAUGCGCGCAUUGCGAUAAAACAGUCGAUGAUUUGUUCAUUCUCAACAUAGAUUUCGUACUAGUGGCUUGUCUUGCCUUAUUGUUCCCUCGGAGAAGCAAUAAGGCGAGGAGGAGGAACAUGCGAUCGCUGUAUGAAUUUGAGUAUUUAUACCACAAAGGUAAUCUUCCUUCUAUUUCCAUAAUGAAAUGGUCAACAUGUAGCGUCUCGUCUUAUGACGCCAUUAGAGAAGCAGGUUCAGACAUGUUGACGCUCGGAGAGCGAAAUGCUGACUGAGCGCCGCCGCGGGCUCCGGGGUGCGAUUAUAUUAUCGCAGUGCGCGCGGGGCUAUACAAUUCCGUAUGCUGCAAUUCGCUUUUGCUAUAAUCGCAAAUCGCGAGCAGUCGCGGUAAAAUGUACUUAAUCACAAUUUUAAAAUCUCUGCGUUUUGUUUCUCGUAUAUGCGCGCACUGACAUAUAAACACUUACGUUGCAUUUCUGUGACAAAAUAUCGUAGUGCGCGCUUGGCCUUAAAUCGAUAUUCCUUGUGAUUCUGAGGAAAAAUAACCCUUAAGUUGAUACUUAUACAAAAAGUAAAUGGUACACAUUUUUCUGAAAAUGCUCCUAUAUUAUGUGAUAUUGUUAAGUUUAAUGUUGAACUAAAUUGAACGUGAUACUCUUUUAUACAUAGUUUUAGAUGUUAUUAUGCUCGCUAGUGCACGAACAGUGUAUACUUUCUAGUCUAAAGAACAAUGAUACAAAGUUAUUUUGUACAUUUAUUAUAAUUAUAGACAUGAAAUUGUGAAAUUUUAAUAGCUUACACGCUCCCCUUUUUUACUGGUUUUGACGUAGAAUUAUAGACAUAUAUCUGUUUUAUUAAUAUUUUUAAGUAUUGACACAUUUUUUAACAGUUUUGACCAGUUAAAAUUAUCGAUCGAUUAUUAAAAAUCGUCAACGAGCUCAAAGCUUUCUUCAUAAUAAAAAAAUGUGAUUAACAGAACAUCAGAUGUUUGAAAUUCUUCCGUAACCUUGAAAGGUUCAAUGAUUUGUAAUAACAUACAGAGUAUGACUGAGGAGGAAAUAUACGUAUAUCUAUUAAGAGUAAAGUUAUGAGAAGAUUAUUUUAUUAUCUGGUGUUGUGAUUUUUUUUGUCGAAUCAUGCUUUGACUCCAAUGGUUUGUAAAUCAGGUUGACAAGGGAUUGACAAGUUUGUAUGUUGGUAGAGUUAGUUUUAUAAACUAUACAAUUUUGUUGCCAGAAAUCCGACUGACUCUUUGUCUAAUUCCUUUAUGAUAGGAAUUAAAUAAAUAAAAACAAAAAAACUAUAAAUUUCCGUUGAAAAAAAAAAUUAAUAAUCAAUAUUAUUAAAAAUAUAUAAGUUGAACUGAUUACUAAAUCUAGAUAAUAGGAGUCUCCUGGCUGGUACCGUUUUUAGUAUUUAUUUCAAUGAAAUCUUGCUUCCAAUGUUAUUUUUGUCAGCCGUGAGUUAUCUUACGACAUUCACAAUUAGUCAGUCGGAUGCUGGUCUAUAUUAUUUAAGGAGAGUAAUCGAAAAGUGAACCCAACCAAUAAGUUGUUGUGUUAAGUUAUUGUUAAAAUGCCAUUAUAAUCAUGCAUUUAUGAUUUCAUCAUGAUCUUAUUUUAUAUUUGUGUCCGUCUAUAAUAUCAAACUAGACACCCGGCUACGCACGGGUUAACAAAUUAUACACCUAAACCUUCCAAAGUGUGUUUAACAUUAAAAACGAAAAGAUUCCGCACAUUGGUAACUGUAUUAUAGUAAAUAUUUUAAGGAAUAAUCUUUAUUUUAUUGAGCUCAUAUUUGACAGCUCCCCAGUAGUUACGAACGCUAAGCGGCGCUGCCAUCGUGCACGUCCAAUAGCGACCCAGUCGUUCUCCAAUCAACUGAGUUACCGAGACUUGCUCGAAUCUAAUGAAAUUUUCUAUUUACUAUUGAUGACAUCUACCGUAUAUUAUUAGCACUUCUUAAAACAUAAUACAAAAUGUAAUUUUAGCCGCUGACAGGUCUGUAUAAAAUUAAGCCGUUCGUUUGCUGGCGAGCGAACGUGAACCUUACUUGGAAGUGUUUAGGUAGCUUUUACGGCAUACGCAAUGACUAAAAUGUUAAGCUUACAAGCUAUGAACAUCACAGCGUUCAAAGGGUUAACACAAUAAUUUUAUAAAUAUUAUUAAUUAAAAUAUAAAGAACAAGUUUAAAAACGUACAUAUGUUAGAUUUUUUAUGUACGGACACAAAAUAUUAUGCUUACAUAAGUUAUAUAUAUGUGCUAAGUUUGUUAGGAAAAAAAGUUUUUCAUCGCUUAUCGACUACGUUGAAAAGUCGUUUUUUUACGUUUGUGCAUAUUUUAACCGAUGACAUAAGUUUUUACCAAGUCAAUCUAUAAUCGUGUUAUAUUUAAAUCAUUUUUUAAAGAAAUUUGAUACGUAUUGUAAAUAUUUUUGUUUUUCCUAAUAUAGAGGUACGAAAACAGAGUUUUUGUGGAGGAAGCAAUAUGGCAGAAUGAGUGAUCUAAAUAAAUAAUUUGGUAUUGA